CACAAAAGCCUGAACUGCGCGUGCUGGAUCUCACCGAUUCCUCGCCCUUCUUUUGAAGCUCUACAAAUCAUCCCGAAAGCUCUGAAAAACAAUAAUGGAUGGCAGACUAUUUACCAUAUAAAAUAGGGUUUAUUAGCCUAAAAUCUGCAGACAUUCUUACAUACAGUGAAAUCCCAUGGCGGGGCAGAGGGAAUCGCGAUAAGGGUUUUUUCUACAUUCGCCCUGUAGACUAUCCAAUGUGCAAAUCGAUGAUAGAGUGAGUUCACGGAAACAUGUACGGACGAAGCAUCGUUUGCGUCCUCGUGUUUUUACUGGUUAGAGUGGAGAUUGCAGGGGGCUUCUCGGGGGAUGGUAGGGUGUAUCCGGCACGGCAUUACGGUCGCCAGGUGCCAGUCACUCCACGGUAUCGACGCGCGGGCCUCCGGGAACAGGAGCAGGCGCUGAAACUCACCAGUGCAUCUGCUCAUGCCCAGUCCCAUGCUCGAGUUGCCAAGGUGAUGCCCUCCACACUCCUGGAGCCGCAUUUUCAGCAGGUUGUGCAGGACCACUCAGGACUCAGCCUGCUCGCCAGGGCGGAAGACCAAGAGGUGCAUGUGGAGGACACACCUGUGUCAGCGCGUCACAUCGUCACCAUGGCUCUCCAGGUAGAUGUGGGACAGUUAAAUAUCACUCUUCUGCAAUCGUUCCGGGCAGGUGUGGCAGCAGCUCUGGCUAUUUCUCCCAGACGAGUGCAUAUCAACCGCCUGAACGAGCAGACGAAUGGCAUUGAGCUCUACGUGUCGUCUGAGCAGAUCGGAGCGUCCGAGCCAGUGUCUUCGGAGGAAGUGAUCCGCUCCUUAAACAUCAACACCCUCCAUCACAGCCUCGAGCCCUUCGGCAUCACGCAGGUCUCCUCUGAGAAGAAUGUGCUUCAUGGCCAGCAUGAGGGGGACGUGUGGAACAGAGAGGGAUUCUACGUGGUGGUCAUCUUCCUCACAAUCUUCAUCAUCAUUGUCACGUGUUUAAUGGUGCUCUACCGCCUUAAGGAGAAGGGCGAGUACUCGGAUCGGCACCUGAAGGACCCAGGCCCUGCGGUGCGGGAGGUCCACCUGACCCCCGUGGCCCCGCAUGGCAGCCAACCGGUGCUGAUCUACUCCAGCAUGGUGCAGGCCAGUUUGUGCCCCCAGCCUGCCUGUAGCCCCGCCUCCACCGCUGUCACCGCCUGUAGCCCCGCCUCCAACGCCGACACCACCGUCAUUGCCUGUAGCCCCAGCAACUCCCCCGCGGUGCCCAGCCGUGACGCCACAAAGCCGCCCACCCACACCGGCUGCAGCUCUGAGCCGCAGGGCCCCUCCGGUCCCCCAGGGCCCCUGGCCCCUGAGAUCAGACCCUGUUUCUCGUCAAGCCUGUCCCCCUUCAAGAUGAAGCCCGCGGCAGGCCUGCAGGAACGCCGUGGCUCCAACGUCUCUCUAGUGCUGGAUAUGAGUGCGCUGGGCUCCGUGGAACCACUGAGCUGCAGCGUCACCACGCCACGGGAACGAGCCGCGCAGGAGUACCUGCAGUCUGCCAGCCGAGUCCUCACACGCCAGCAGCUCCAAGACGUUGCACUCAACACGCAAGCUCUGCAAGUGGAGUUUGCAGAAAUCCCAAUGAACUUUGUGGAUCCAAAGGACCUGGAUAUCCCUAGUCAUGGAACCAAAAACAGAUACAAGACCAUUUUACCCAAUCCUCAUUCCAGAGUUGUUCUAAGGAUCCGGAAUACCAACGAUCCUCUCAGCUGUUACAUUAACGCCAACUACAUACGGGGUUACCUCAGAGAAGACAAAGCCUUCAUCGCCACACAGGGCCCCAUGAUCAACACCGUGAACGAUUUCUGGCAGAUGGCGUGGCAAGACAACUGCCCCGUCAUCGUCAUGAUCACCAAACUCAAAGAGAAAAAUGAGAAAUGUGUCUUGUACUGGCCUGAAAAGCGUGGGAUUUAUGGGAAGGUGGAGGUCCUCGUGAAUGGCGUCAGGGAGUGUGAGCACUACACGGUGCGCUCCCUCACACUUAAACAAAGUGGUCAAAGCCGUAAAGUCUGCCACUACUGGUACACGUCAUGGCCGGACCAUAAGACCCCAGACAGUGUCGGGCCCUUGCUCCAGCUCAUGACUGACGUAGAGGAAGCCAGACAUGCUCUGGAUGCCUGUGGUCCCAUUGUGGUUCACUGCAGCGCUGGGAUUGGUCGGACGGGCUGCUUCAUCGCCACGACGAUAGGCUGUCGUCAGCUGCGUCUGGAGGGUGUGGUGGACAUCCUAAGCAUUGUCUGCCAGCUCAGAGCAGACAGGGGUGGAAUGAUCCAGACUGGAGAACAGUAUGAGUUUGUCCACCAUGCCUUGAGUCUGUACGAGAGCCAGCUGUCGGCAGAAACCAGCCGUUGACCCCAGACAGAGUGGAGGAUGGUGGGACAGGAUGCCAGUCUGGUUUCACCAGGAAGAGACGGUGGAGAUGGUGCUGUUUCGCCACUCACACCAGAACACAGUCUACGUGAUUCUGAAGAUGAUAUAACCUGGAGGUUAUGGAGUUAAAAUCCGUCAAGAUACCUGAAAGACUUCAGCAAAUGUGAUGUGCUCUUGUGCUCUUAUCUCUGAUAUAUGAGGACCCUUGUAUGCCUCUAAGGCCUUUGUGUCCUGCUCUCGCUGUCUCACAUGAAGCUGCCCUAAACCUUAACACCUCCUCUCCACUCCAACCUUCACCUUAGCCCUUCCCAUUUCAACUCUGAGUGGCUGGUGGUACUAGUUUUCAACUUAAGAGUCUUUAUCAUUAGCACUUUUCCCACAAAGUUUAAAACUACGUUACUGUGCAUAGUGUACUUGAAGACUGUUAAAAGCAUCAUGUCUUUUGUGAAUAUCUCAUCAGUUAUCAUUAAUAACUUACAAAAUAAUUAUUCAGUGUAUCAGUGGAUACACUGAUUAUUAAA